AUGGCGCUGCCCGUGGCCGCGGCCCGGGGGCCGCUCUGGCGCCUCGGCCCCGCUGCCCUGAGCCCCCCUCGGGGCCGGAUUCCGCCGCCGCUCGCUCCGGCCGUGCCCAGGUCCCCGCUGCGUUCCCCGGUGCGCUCGCUCUCCUCCCGCGCUGCCUCCCGCGCCCUCGUGGCCGCCGUGGCCGCCGCUGCCCCGGGUGAGCGCCGCUACGAGCGGUACCUGGAGAGGAGCUGGCCCCGCUUCUACCUCCUGCACAGCACCUUCAAAAACGGGGUGCAGGCGCUGUUCCUGGAGGUGCAGGAGAUCAGGAGGAUCAGGGCCAGGAUGGCCCAGCUGCAGCUGAGCCCGCAGCAGCUCCCGUACAGGGACAUGGAGCGCCUGCGCCAGUUCCGCAGGGACGUGCUCAAGGCCACCAUCGGGAUCAUCGCCAUCCCCCCCUUCGCCAACUUCCUGGUGCUGCUGCUCAUGUAUUUCUUCCCUCGGCAGCUCCUGAUCAGGCACUUCUGGACGCCCAGGCAGCAGCUGGAGUUCCUGGAUGCCUACGACUGCCGCCGCAGGGCCUCGCACCCGGCCGUGCUGCGGGCGCUGGCGCGGGCAGCGCGCUCCCUGCCCCAGGCACAGCCCCAGCAGCUCCUCCUGCAGCUCUGUGACCAGGUGCAGGGAGGUGCCCGGCCCCACCUGGCCCAGCUCCUGGCUGUGAGGAGUUUGUUCUCGGGCUCUCUGCUGGUGCUCAACAGGCUCCAGGUGGAUCACGUGAGAGCCCUGAGCCAGGUGCUGUUCCUGACCCCUCACCUGCCCGCCUUCCUCCUGCGGCGCCGCCUGCGCAGCCACGUCCUGGAGAUCCAGCACCUGGACCACGCCCUGCUGCACCUGGGGCUGGCACAGCUCUCUGAGGAGGAGCUCCGAGCGGCCUGUUACCUGCGUGGGCUGAACUCCACUCACCUGGGCAGGGCCGAGUGCCAGGCGUGGCUGGAGCAGUGGCUCAGGCUCUCCUGUGAGCUCCAAGCCUCGGAAGCCUCUCUGCUGGCGCACAGCAUGGUCCUGCUGGCCCUGGACCCCCGCCAGCCCCCGAGGGACAUCCCCGAGGGACACCCCGGGGGGUGACAGGUGGCACCUGUGUGUCCCCCCCUCAGCUGGUACUGCCACAGUGACUCAGUGACCGGGGGGGUGACAGGUGGCACCUGCGUGUGUCCCCCCACCCCAGCUGGUACUGCCACAGUGACCCUGGGGGUGACAGGUGGCACCUGCGUGUGUCCCACCCCAGCUGGUGCAGUGACAGUGCCCUGAGUGACCCAGGAUGUGACAGGGUGGCACCUGUGUGUCCCCCCCAGCUGGCACUGCCACAGUGACUCAGUGACUCUCAGGGGGUGACAGGUGGCACCUGCGUGUGUCCCCCCCCAGCUCAGGCUGUGCCCCCUUGUGCAGCCCCUGGCACAGCUGGCAGAGGUGGUGGCUUUGCUGGUCAGUAAUUAACUGUGUCUUGUUAAUUGUGGGGGGA